AUGACGCAGACAAUUGUUGUCGUACUUCUAUUUUUCGUUUGCGGAGUUGAAACAAACUGGCACGAUGGGUCCCAGAUAAAACGUUUCCCGGUCGCGAAUAAUGGAUCGAUCAUAAUCGAUUUUGGACCUAACGUACGUAAUGUCACUGCAAUUUUCCCGAACGCUGAAGGUGAAAAACAACGUAACAUGAUGCUUCUUAUUCGAAACGGACAUCUGGUCAGAGAAGCGGUAAAAUUUUACACUGCAGUGUUCAUCAAAUAA